GUGCACUUUAGCCUCACUUUGAUCAUUAUAUGUGCAAGUAACAUUUUUGAACACCAUAUGAAUGACUUGAUGUCUAUAAAAUAUAACUAUUUUCCAGCUAUCAAGCAGGAUUUCCGAUUGCCAUGAGUCUAUAGAUUUGUUGUAAAUUGACCUCAGUGCAAGAUGAGGUUAAACACAAGCUAAAUAGAUCAUUGAUAACAGCUCAAAUCAUCAUGGUAAAUAAAUUAUUAUCAGAAAGGGGGUUUUGUGGAGAUUUUAGUAAUUUAAUAGUUGAAUUAUUGAGUCAAUUAAAACUAGACCACCAUGGAAAACUUGGAAACACUGGACGGUCUUUUCGUUCUAUUGUGAGACUUCUCAGCAGUGCGCAUUUGCGAUCACACAUAGCGAGAUUCGAACCCUGGAUCUAUCGACCUCGCGCGAAAACGCUUAAUCUUCAGACCACUGAGCCAGCCAGCAUCAACCAAUCCGCGAGAUUGAGUCAAUGUCCAUCAUUAUCUUCAAUGAGUUACUAUCUUACAACAGACCUGAUUGAACUCCAUUGGUCACUGCUUCUCAGUAGAACUCCAAGAAAUACCUCUUGAAGACCGUCACUAGUGAAUAUAUGAUGAUCAGAAACAGAUAGGGGUUUUGUGGAUACUAUAGUAAUUUAAUAGUUGAGAUCAUGAGUCAACUAAAACUAGACCAUCAUGGAAAACCUGAGAGCACUAGAUGGUCUUUUUGUUCUGAUAUGGGACUCCUCCUUGACAGUGCGAAUCUACGAUCCUGACCCGUGGGGUUCGGACCCGAAACCUAUCGAUCUCGUGCGCAAACGUUUAACCUUUAGACCACUGAGUCUUCAUUUAACAGUAAUGACGUUUAACUUCAACCAAUCCACGAAAGUAAAUUAGAAAACAAAGUCGAACACUUUUUUCAAACUAUAAUCCAUUCAUUUGGUAUUGUUUUACUUGUAUCUUCCCAUUGUUGUUUAAGACUGAAGUUGAUCAAUCUCAUGUCAGCAUAUGUACAUCCUGUGUGGAUUGCCUCGAUAUAGCCUUUAAUCACAAGCUACAUGGAAACAUCCAGUUGACGAGUCCUAAAUAGGACGAAACGCACGUCUUGGAUUUCAUUACUAGCUAAUAUCCAUAUUUGUUUAUAAUCCAUUCUUUUACAUUAUACUAUUCCAAUAUCAUAUCAACUCAAUGAAUCUAUUAUGAAAAAUCCCUAUCAACUAUUUCAUUUCUAUAAAAUGAAAGAAGAAAAGAAAGGAAGAAAGGAACCCAGUUACACUUAUGUACUUACUUAGAGUUUAGUGAGUUGAUUUCCUCUUUUUUGUUGUUGUAAAGUUACCUAUUUGCACUUAUCAACUAAAUUUUUUUAUUUAUUCUCUUUGAUUAGAAUAAUCAAUAUCAGAUUGUACCUUUAUCACUGAUUAAUCUUAUUGUUCAGAAUGACAAUUAUAUUUUGUACUUAUGUAUACAAUAACAAACUAUAAAUAGGAACAAAAUUAUUACUUAAAUUAGUAGUAAAUAAUCAAUCUCAAAGUGAACAUCAACUCUGAGAUGCAAGUACAUUAAGUUGACGAGUCCUAAAUAGGACGAAAUGCACAUCUUGGAUUCCACUGCUAAUCAUUAUCCAUCUUUGUAUAAUAAUAAAAUUUUUUUAAAUGCUGAAUUUUCAUCUACCUAAUUAAUUUAUAUUAUGAUUAGAAUGGGGUUUGUGAAGAUUGAAGUAGUUUUUCUUUCUUUUAAUAGUUGAAUUCAUGAACCAGUAUAAGCUAGAUUGCCGUUGAAAAUUUGGAAGCACUGGAUAGCUGUUUCGUUCUAGUAUGAGAUUUCUUAGAAAUUAGACAUUAACAUCAUUAAAUGCCAGAACAUUGGUCUAAAGGUUAAGCGUUCGCGCGCAAGGCCGAAGAUUCAAAGUUUGAAUCCCAAGUACGGGAUCGCGGUUGCGAAAUGCUGAGAAGUGUCGUAUUAGGACGAAACAGCCAUUUAGUGCUUUUAGGUUUUCAACGAUGAUCUAGCUUACAUCGAUUCAUGAAUUCAACUAUUAUAAUUCAUAUUAAGCAUGAAUUUAUGAUUUUAUAUUAUAUAAUGACUACUGAUCCAUUGAUAAUUAAUUGUUGAAUUAUUAUCCAUCAUUUAAACUGUAAGCAAUUUUCAGUUGAUCGUGCUUUAUUAACUAUACUACUAUUUUAAUAGUUGAAUUCACUUGUUGAUCUAAGCUAGACCAACAGUGAAAACCUGAAAGCACUGAACGACAGUUUCUUACCAGUAUAGGACUACUCAAUAGUGUGUAUCCACGAUUCUGCUUGUAGGGCUCGGACCCAGGACUUUCAUUCUUGCACGCAUACAGAUAACCUCCAGAUCACUCAGCCGGUAUCCAACGAUGUUAAUGUUUGAGUAGUUCAUCUGAAACUUUUAUUCAUACACUUAAUAGUAUUUAUAUCAACCAAAUGAAAACCAUAUGUUUAUAAGAUCUUAUAAAGAACAGUUUUUGUCGAUUUAAAAUAUCUUAUUAGAAAUAUCAUAUGUAACUUGAAUACUUAUAUGAUCAAGCAAUAAAUUUAUUUUUUUGAUUGAGAUCGUUUAACGAUUGAUGUAAGACCACCAUGGAAAACCUGAAAACACUGGACGGCCUUUUUGUGCUAUUAUGGAACUCCUCAGCAGUACGCAUCCACGAUCCCACCCGCAAGAUUCGAACCCAAGGCCGCAACACCAUACUAAUAAUUACCAUGUGCUGAUUAAUGACUAACUUCGUGAGGGAAUUCUCGGAGUUCUAGUGAGAAGCCGUGACCAGUGUAGCUAAUCCAUGUCUGGUAAAGACAGGUAUCUACCUUAGUACAAUAGAUGGUCGCGCAAUUUCAUGGAUUGGUUGAGGUUAGACAUUUAUACCGCUGUAUGUCAGCUGGCCAAGUGAUGUAGAAGUUAAGCGUUCGUGCGCGCGACCAAUAGGCUCUGGGUUUGAACCCCGCCAGGCGGGAUCGUGGAUGCGCACUGUUGAGGUGUCCCGACAAUCGGACGAAGAGGCUAUCCAGUCCUUCCAGAUUUUCCAUGGUAGUCUAGCUGCAAUUGACUCAUGAUUUCAACUAUUAAGUUACUAAAAUCUUCACAAAACCCCCUUUCUGAUAAUAAUUUACUUACCUUGAUGAUCACUAAUAGUCUAUUUAGCUUGUGGAUUGUGGAUUCGCACUGCCAAGGAGGAGUCCCACAAUAGAACGAAACGUCUGUCCAGUGCUUCCAGAUUUUCAAUGAUGGUUUAAACAUCGAUCGGUUCAUGAUUUUAAUCAACAACAAAAAAACUUAACAAUCCACACAACCUUAUACUGAUCAUAAAUUCUUAUUUUUUUUAUAAUCUACUUUACAUAAUCAUUCAUAAUUAUCAUGAUCAGUGAACUAUUGAACUAAAAUAUCCUUCAUCUAAUGAGUAUAUAAGUAGUAUCUUUUCAUUUCAUUUCAUUAUACAUCUCUCAUAUAUUUGUUUAGUAUUAUAUAUAUGUCAAAUUCAUCAAAUGAAUUAUUAGUUAUUGGAGCUGGUCUACCAAGAACUGGUACAAAAAGUUUAAAGAAUGCAUUAGAAAUUAUUUAUCAUAAACCAUGUUAUCAUAUGACUGAAAUUAUUACAAAACAACAUGAUGAUAUUGAGAAAUGGCAAAGAUUAUUUAAUGAAGCAUUAAACAAUAAACCAUCAAAUGAAAUGAUAAUUCAUCAAGGUUUAAAAAAUAUAUUGAAUAAUUAUGGAACAGUGACAGAUGUACCAGCAUGUGGAUUCUAUAAAGAAUUGAUGGAGAUCUAUCCAAAUGCUAAGGUUAUAUUAACAAUACGUGAUAAAAAUGAUUGGUUAUCAAGUUUUCGGCAAACAUUAAUGCCAAAAUCAAUUGAUUCAUUUAAUAGAACCAUAGAUGAAGCUGAUCAAAUAUUGGAACUUGGUCCAAAAUUCAUUCAAAUGGCUGUUGAUUCAAUGAAAUUAUCAUUUCGUAAACUUGAUUUUGAUAUAGAUAAUGAUGAAGAAAUGCUUAGAUGUUUUGAUGAAUAUAAUAAAAUUGUAAAAGAAACUGUACCACCUGAACGUCUUUUAAUACAUCAACUUGGAGAUGGAUGGGAACCUUUGUGUAAAUUUUUAAAUGUUGAUAUACCAGAAGGUAUAUCCUAUCCAUUUAUAAAUGUUCGUAAAUAGAUGAGAAGAUUCGGACAUCAUAAAUCUUUCUACUUUAUCAUGAUAUUAAAAUAUUCAAGCUAAUGAAAGCAUUACAAAACGGUUGUAUUCUUUAAUAUUCUGUAGCCUUUUUCAACAUGUACGCUUCCAAUAUUUUUACUAACAUUGAACAAACUAUUGCUAUUCGUAUUGCUUUAUAGAUAAUACAUUUGAAUAACAGACUUUUGAAAGUUUCCUUCUAUUUUCAUUUCUCUUAUUGUCAAUAACCUUGUUGUGUGGCGUCGAGUCGCGGUUGACUAUGAUCACCACUACAGGAAGACUACAUGCCAAUUAACCGAUAAGAUCCCCCGUAAGUCAAAUAUCAUAAGGCAGUCGAUGGCUGUAGUCGAGAUGUAUUUGUUGGCGAUCUCGUGGUAUCGAAAGAAUACCGAGAUCAUGCCAAAAGAGUACAAGCGGAA